AGCAGCAGCAGGGUGGUGAUGGUGGUAAGCGUGCUUCUCUGCUGUGGGAAGAGCGCUUCUACUCCGCUCUGCCCUGUGAUCCUGUUGUGCGCAACAAAACAAAGUAACACAUAAUCCGACGGGGAAGGAUUAAACAAACGCACUGGCGCUACGGAGAAUCAUAUCAUUGUGUACAUUGACCGGACCGGUACCUAGAGGUGAUAUUCCCCCGCACUCUAUGUAACGUUAUUAUAGCGGCUAAUGAUUCGUUUUUGUUAGCUAAGCCGAGGCUUGCUUUAAGGUGGAAGUUUUCACCACAGUGACAAGUAACACACAGCUGAAACAGACACAGCGUGCCGCGGGCAGAGUCAAUGGAACCUCAGUUGCUGUGCUGUGAGGGGGACAGGCCUGCCAUCCGGAGGGCCUACCGGGACUCCAACCUGUUGACUGACCGGGUCCUGCACGCCCUGUUGCGGGCAGAAGAAAAGUACCUCCCGGCUGCCAACUAUUUCAAAUGCGUCCAGAGAGAAAUGGCUCCGUGUAUGAGGAGGAUCGUGGCUACCUGGAUGCUGGAGGUGUGUGAGGAGCAGAAGUGUGAGGAGGAGGUUUUCCCCCUAGCUAUGAACUACAUGGACCGCUUCUUGUCAGUUGAACCCACCAAGAAGAACCAUCUGCAGCUAACUGGAGCUGCCUGUAUGCUCCUGGCAUCCAAACUGAAGGAGACGAUCCCACUCACUGCUGAGAAACUCUGCAUCUACACAGACAACUCUAUCACACUUUCUCAGUUGCUGCAAAUGGAGCUGCUGGUUUUGAACAAGCUGAAAUGGGACUUGGCCUCAGUAACUCCUCUCGACUUCAUUGACCACUUCCUGUCACAGCUGCCUGUCAGGAGAGAGAACAGGCCCAUACUCCGGAAGCAUGCUCGUACCUUCGUGGCAUUGUGUGCCACAGAUGUUAAAUUCAUAGCCAGCCCUCCGUCGAUGGUAGCAGCAGGCAGCAUGGUAGCAGCAGUGGAGGGCUUACAGAUGACGAUGGUGGGCAAUGCCAUGAUGUCUCAGAAACUGACAGAGCACCUGGCCCAGACCAUCAGGAGUGACCCGGACUGUCUCAGGGCGUGUCAGGAACAAAUCGAGUCGCUGCUGGAAACCAGUCUCAGACAGGCACAACAACUGCAACACUCAGUUACCAUGGAAACUAAGAACAUCGGUGAGGGGCAGGACCUCUCAACUACACCCACAGAUGUCCGGGACAUAAACAUCUGAUGAAGUGCCUGCUGAGCUGAUUAAGUGGACGGUCAUCUUUGACACAUACAAAAACACACAUGGCUUUGUUUUCAUGAUGUGGUGUGUUUUGGAGAGCUUACAAGUGACUGGACUGGACUCAACAGUAUAUCAGAACUGUCAAUAUGAAGUCCUGUAUGAACUGUGCGGGGAACCAAAGGGAGAUGCUCACUAAAAACAAUCACGUCCAGGACAUUGAUCGCCUUAAGAGGAAUUGAUGCCAUGUGUGUUAAGGGCUUUUUACUGGGGGGGGUGUAAUGGGUGUUGUUUUAACGUCUGGUAGGCCUGUCUGAACCUAGGCCUCCUCCCAAAUGGAAACUAUCUAGCCUGACAGACUAAAACCAGUUGGUGCAUUACGACCUCCCUCGGCCCAUAUUUAUUAAACAUUUAAGAAUUACACCGAAGAAUGCUCUACAGAGCAAACUCCUUUUUAUUUUUUGCUUCGCAUUACAUAUUACCUAUACGGUAUAACGGUAUUAUCAUUUUAAAACAUGUCUGCACUGCAGCCAUCAAAGAACCCAACUGCCGUUUAGCAGUUUGAUAAAUAUGGGCCCUGGUCAACAUGUAAAGUAAGAUGUUUAUUAGCUGACAGUUGUCUUCUAACAGACAACAAAAUGGUAAACUGCAGUGGGAAAAGUUCUGUGAUGUAGUUUACAGUAUGAGCAAUGUUUGCAUAUGAUUCUUCAGGACAUCAUGGACAAUUGGCAAAAAAAUUUCCUCAUAACAUCUGAAAUUCUCUGUGGUUGAGAUUCCCAAAUUGAGAUCCAAAUAGCACAUAUGGCUGUGUGGUGUUUGGCUUAUAAAAUAUACCAUAGUAUAUGGAAACUGUUAUAAUAUCUAAUCACUUGAGCAGCACAAAUGGAAAGGUAUCAUAAACUGCCAAACUGAAACCACUGUUCUAAUGUGAUGCAAUGUAGUGCACAGCUUACACCACUAGAGGGCAGUCAGUGGAAUGCAGUAGCAACCAAACAUCAGUCUCAAUUUUGGAUUGACAGAGAUAACAGGCAUCCAGCAGCAUCGUUGUCUGAUCAAGAGGACAAUCUUGGACUUGAAUGUCAUGCUUGUGCUGACACGUCACAUUUUCUAUUUGCAUCAGAAGCAAAAAAAGGCACAGUAGCAAAGCAUGACUUUAUAUGGUUGAGAGUUAUGGAAGACAAAUGAUCAAAGAAACUGUAGAUGUAUAAAUGUAGAUAUAUCUGGGUGCUGCUGGUUACUUGUCAGUCCACUGAGGAGUAAUGUCAUUUGAAGCUUCUGCAACCUGUUUGUCAGUCAGACAGGACAACAAGAACUUGAAAACCUUUUUCCAACCACAUGUGUUUCUGUUCUCCUGGCGAAAGGGAUGAAGCAUUUUUAAUUUUGUAAAGGAAGAUAUCUGGUGAACUUCUCUGUUUAGCUUCUGAUAUUUAUUAUUUCUUAUCACUUGACUGCUAAAGGUUGUUCUAAAAGAGGAAAGUUUUCUGGAUUCAGCUGCUCUAUUAACAUUACCACACAGUGGUCCUUGAAGGUACUAACAUUUUGCCUCUUGAAUAGAGAAGCAACAAUUAAAUUGUUGUACCUACACAGUGGUAUGAUGAACUAUUUUAUUUUUAGGGUAUUGCCCUCAUGACAUAAGCUUGUAUCAGGUUAAGCCCUAUUGUGUGUGUUUUUUGUUUUGUUUUUUUUAAUCUGUCCCAGGACAAAGUGUGAAGAUAAAUUAAAGGAAAACUGUCUCUUAAA